GUUUACAAGUCGUGACUCGACUAUUAUCACUUCUCUUCUUCUCUUCUGUCAUGAGUGGCUGUAUUGAUAAGAUUAGUUGUAGUUGUGAGUGUUGCGAUACUGAGCGGCUGAAGGAAUGGCUGGCUCCUAAGAGAAAUGCAUUUGCCUCUACAAUAUCAGGAGGACUGUUUGCAAUUGGUUGGUGGCUAGUUAUUGAUAGCAGUGUGAAUCAUUCUGAGCCGAUAUACGCGGCAUACUUUAUGUGUGGGAUCUUCUCAACGAUAGCACUACUGAUGAUUAAUUCAGUCUCCACUGGUCAGAUAAUGGGUGAUACCUAUACCGAGGGGUGUCUUGGUAGGCGUGCUGCCCGGGCCUGGCUAUUCAUUGGGUUCUUGUUUGCAUUUGGAGGUCUCAUCGGCUCACUCUGGAUAUUCAUACAACAGUUCCUGGUCCCAGCUGUGCAGCAUGGAGGAGGUCACAGUAGGAGAGAUCUUGAUCUUUUGGAUUCAAAUAAUGUGACAGCCUCACCCUCACCAACUCCCAGUGGUCCUGAAGACUUUAACAUGUAUAUAUGGCAGGGAAUAUCAUUCUUCAUACAAAACCUACUGAUAUUUAUUAGUACACUUGUUUAUAAGUUUGGAAGGACAGAGGAAGAGGAUUCAUCAUGGUAAUGAAAAGGAUGACAUUUUAAUUAUUACUGUUUUAUUUUAAUUAUUGCUUCAUCAAACUAUAACAAUAAAUAAAGAUGUGGUGUAACGUGUAUUAAUAAUAAUAAUGAUUAUUAUUAUUAUUAUUGUUAUUGUCAUAUUUUUCAGUUUAUUAUUAUAAGUAUAUAGCCAUGCACAAAUCAA